UAUCUUGCCGCCGCCGCCGUCGCCGACGCUGCCGACUUCCCAUAGUGCCAGCCGUCGUCGACUAUAGCUAUCGCUGCACGCACUGGUUGAUUCACACAUUUCAACGACGGUCUGCCCGUGCCGCACUAUGAUUCUGGCGGAGAUUCCACGUGCCGUCCGCUGAGCUGCGACAUUAUUCGUUAUUUUAUUUUUUUUUUUAAAAAACACCACAAUAAAUAAUAUUCUAGAGUCGUAUAAUUAUUAUUGAGUAUAAUAACGAUAAUUCCGUCGCCGAACACACGAUACUACUAUACAUAUGUAUACGUAUUAAGUGCCUACACUAUAAUUAUUAUUAUCAUAAUAUAUUAUAAUUGCGGUGCAACAAAACACAUUAAAAAUGUACGGGCUUUUAUUGGAAAACCUCUCAGAAUAUAUUAAAAAAAUGUACGGCGAAGACAGAUGGGAGGAGAUUCGGCGAAUGGCCAAUGUGGAUCAACCUAGUUUUAGUGUACACCAAGUUUAUUGUGAAACCCUUAUUCCACGACUAGCAAAAAAAUCUCAAGAAGUGCUUGGAAUUACGGAGAAAGAAUUUUUUGAACAAAUGGGAGUUCAUUUUGUCAGUUUUGUCGGCCAAUAUGGCUAUGAUCGAGUACUAUCGGUAUUGGGGCGACAUAUGAGAGACUUUCUAAAUGGUUUGGACAAUUUACAUGAAUAUCUAAAGUUUUCAUACCCAAGAAUGCAGGCGCCUUCAUUUAUUUGUGAAAACGAAUCUAGACAAGGAUUGACAUUGCAUUACCGUAGUAAACGCCGUGGCUUCGUGUACUAUACUAUGGGCCAAAUAAAAGAAGUGGCUAGGCAUUUUUAUCACAAGGAAAUGCGCAUUGAACUUGUUCGUGAAGAGAUUUUAAUGGAUACAGUGCACGUGACGUUUCAAUUGAAAUUUGAUAAUAGAGCGUUCACAUUAGCAUCGAUGACAAUGACAAGGGAGGAAAAACAUCUUCCAAUAAGUGCAUCAGUGCUGUUCGAAAUAUUUCCGUUUUGCAUUGUGUUCAGCUCCAAUAUGAUUGUUCAAAGCAUUGGUAAUUCAUUGAUGGUCAUUUUACCAGAUUUAGUUGGAAAACGGAUUACUAAUUGGUUUGACCUUGUUAGACCUUUAAUAGCUUUUAAAUUUCAAACGAUUUUGAAUCGAACGAACAAUAUUUUUGAACUAGUUACUGUUCAACCAGUGCUUUCUAAUCGACCAACAGACAGACACGUCAUUUUAAGCGAUGAAUCUUAUUUUUCCCCAGAAGAAAACAAACUUCGAUUAAAAGGACAAAUGAUUUAUAUGGACAAUUGGCAAAUGAUGAUGUACUUGGGUACGCCCGUAAUGCCUGAUCUCAAUGCAUUAGUUACUACUGGCCUUUAUAUAAAUGAUCUCUCCAUGCACGAUUUCAGCAGGGACCUAAUGUUGGCAGGGACACAACAGUCGGUUGAAUUAAAGCUGGCACUAGACCAAGAGCAGUUAAAGUCAAAAAAACUGGAAGAGUCGAUGCGGAAACUAGAUGAAGAAAUGAAGCGUACCGAUGAGCUGCUAUAUCAGAUGAUACCCAAACAAGUGGCCGAUCGACUGAGGUCGGGUGAAAACCCUAUAGACACAUGCCAAAUGUUUGACAGCGUAUCGAUAUUAUUUUCGGACAUUGUCACGUUUACCGAAAUAUGUAGCAGAAUCACCCCGAUGGAAGUGGUUUCAAUGCUUAAUGCCAUGUAUUCUAUAUUCGAUACACUGACAGAACGGAACAAAGUUUACAAGGUGGAAACUAUUGGUGAUGCAUAUAUGGUUGUUUCGGGCGCACCGAUGACUGAAGAUAAUCACGCAGAAAAAGUGUGCGAUAUGGCAUUGGACAUGGUUGAUGCUAUUACAGAUCUAAAAGAUCCAUCGACGGGGUCUCACUUGCAAAUCCGCGUCGGCGUACAUUCCGGAGCAGUGGUAGCUGGCAUUGUCGGUCUGAAGAUGCCGAGAUACUGUUUAUUCGGUGACUCGGUUAAUACUGCAUCUCGAAUGGAAUCCACGAGUGAAGCCAUGAAAAUUCAUAUAUCACAAACCACUAGAGAUCUGAUUUCAGCAUCGUACAUGGUUAAAGAGCGUGGUGAGAUUUAUGUGAAAGGAAAAGGCGCCAUGAAAACGUAUUGGUUGGAACACCGGGAAAGCCGACCACCAUUGAGUCGAGUGCUACCACUGGCCAAUUCUGAUUUACCAGAAUUGGAAUGGGAACGUAGUGCCGAUACGGUAUUUGACAUUGUGGAACGCAACGCGGACAUUAGCAUGCAGUUGGCCGAAGACAGGAUCAGGACAUACUCGCCGGUAACUUUUCAAGAAGUGGCUAGACACUCGAUAUCGCGUUCUCCAGUCAGAGAAUAUUAUCGAGAGUCCAGAUCGAAUUCAAUAAGUUGCACGCCAAUCAUAUCGCAGAAAGAGCUGCAACGGUUGACGUGCUUGAACAGGAGUUCGUCGCCACUAUCGCGGUUUGCGAGGAAAAUCGAACAGUUACCAAAGCCGGAUUCCGCUUCUACCGCAACCGCCGUGGUUGCCGUCCAGAGACACAGAUUUGUGAGAAACGCGACCGGCGGUCGUGGCGGCACGCAGACGGCUCCGUCGUCGCCAGAGACGCACAAGGAAGAGGACGUCUCGGCCGAUUCGUCUCCACUACUUCCGGUAGCACUUCCUGAGCCACCCUCGGAGUCGGCGGCUCUCUCGCCACCACCGCCGACACCUCCGCCCCCGCCACCACCGCCACCACCACCGCCUCCACCGCCGUCUAUAAAAUCAAAUCCCGUGCUGGUGCACGUGGCCGACUACGUUUCGUCCGAUUGUGUGGACAGCGUCGAUUCGGACGAUCAGCGGUCGCUGCGAACCCGCGACAUGGACAUUGGCGGAUCGGACGGCGAAGGGUCUGCAGUCGACCAUCCGCAUCCUUUUCCGGAGUCCUCCGACGACGAUUUGCCACCGGACGACGACGACGACGACGACGACUUAGACCUGUCUUCGGCGGAACCGACCACACUGCCGCCCCGAUCGUCACCGUCGUCGGCCUCCCCGACCGACGCCCGAGCUGAAGUGACCACGUCUAAGUCAGACGGACAGAUAUACGGCCGACGACGGCGUUGUGACGAGCUCGACGACGACGCGAGCACGUCCAGUCUGAACCGGCAGACCCAGUGCUGCAUGAGAUUCAAAACGCACCCGAAGUCGUCCAGAAAACGAUCGCAGUCCCAUUCUUGCAAGUUGAUCUAAUCGUGCGUCGCACGCCCUACCUAACUCGUGUGUGUAUAUACGUCAUUAUAUAUACGUAAUAUUUUAUUCAUGUUCGCCGCUUUUAUACGUUACCACGCGCCGUUGUCCGAGAGUCGUACAAUUAUUAUUAUAUUAUACAGGACGCAUUCUGUAUUACGCAUACAUUUUUUUUUUUUUAUUCAAAAUGUAAACUUGAUAUUAAUUAUCGCGGUAACCACCGACAGACCGGUCAGUUGAAAUCAAAUCAUCAUACAGUACGUACUAGAUUCGUCUCCAAUGAACACGGCCCAAUGUAGCCGAAAUCACGUUGCAUUCAAUUCAUAAAAGCGUUUAAAAUGAUAUACAUAACUGAAUUGAUGGUGACGAUGUUUUGGGUCGUUUAUAAAUACCCGUUAAUCAUUACCACCAGUAAUCCAAACUAUCUAGCCGACGGAAAAGAAAAAAUCGACAAAGUUUAAUAUACUAUAUCGUACAAAUGUUAUACCACGGAUCAGCCCACCUGAUUUUACUGUUCAUAACUAAAAUUAAAUUACGUAGGUAGUAUACAUUUUGAAAAAAGUAUGUAACAACUAUGUAUGUGUUUAAAUUUCCCCUCCCCCAAAAUUAUCUAUAAAUUCUUCCUCUUUUUAAGUUAUUAAAAUAAACAGACGAGUAUGGGGAAUGAGUGUUUGAGAGUUUUUGCAUAUUUUAGUGCUUCCGAUUUAUUUUUGUGAAGUCUUAUGCUAAACUGUUGUCGUUUUAGAUGACAUGUCAUAAUCCCAUGUAUAGAUAAUUAAGCGAUGGAAUUUGUGUGUGUGCGUGAUACGAGUUAAAUGUUUUUUUAUAUAAUAGGUACAUUAUUACAUGUUUAUAAUUAGAUUAAAGUUCUUACCUAGUAAAAUUUUUUUUACACGUGAAUACUGAAUAGUAUAAUAUUAAAUAUUUCAAUAACUUAUUAUAUUUAUUUAAUAUUAUUGAAAAGACGAGUAUGAAUGAAUAAAAACAAAACAUAAUAUGUAA